UGUGCAGCAAUGGAAGGUUAAUCAAAGCAACACGAAACGAACAGUAUUCAGAUUUCGGUGUGAAUGAGAACUACUUGCGAUGUUUGUGUACGAAUUUUCUGGUCGUUGUUAAACGGACAAACAGUUACCCGGAAGUGAUGCAGUAAUCUAAUAGACCGUUAUAAUAUCGGUAAAAAGUACAGAGAAGGUUCAUGUUAAUAGAGGCUCGGGGUUUAUGUCUUCUGAAACGCCGAGAGUCGCACAGGAUUGAUGUCAUCAUUGUGAGAAAGUUGAGAUGCUGCUUCCGGGUUUGAUUAAAGGAGCUGUUUAUCAGUGGUACAGUACACAGUGAAACGAAACAGGACCACGGUGCUACACAAAACAACACACUGACCACAUGAGAUGACACAGAACUAAAUAAGAUCUGCACAUUUCUACACAGAGUGCACGUGUACACGUGUACACGUGUGCUAACAACACAGGACAGGACUACUAAAACAGGACAACAGGCACAGGUAUUUUCUAGAGCACUAUGGGUAAAGGCUGUAAGGUGGUGGUCUGUGGCUUGGCCUCUGUUGGAAAAACGGCGAUUCUCGAGCAGUUACUGUACGGAAACCAUACCGCUGGUGCCGAAACAAAGGAAACCCAGGAAGACAUCUAUGUGGCCUCUGUCGAGACGGACCGUGGCGUGAGAGAACAGUUACGUCUAUACGACACCAGGGGGCUCUACGAUGGCCAGGAGCUGCCGAAACACUACUACUCGGUGGCUGACGGCUUUGUUCUGGUGUACAGCGUCGACAGCAUGGAGUCCUUCAAGAAAGUUGACGUCCUGAAGAAGGAAAUCGACAAAUCCAGGGACAAAAAAGAGGUGAUGGUGAUCGUACUGGGUAACAAGGCGGACCUGCGCGAGCAGCGUCAAGUGGAGCAGGAAGUGGCUCAGCAGUGGGCUCGGGCUGAGAAAGUGAAGCUGUGGGAGGUGAGCGUGACUGAGCGCAGCUCACUCAUCGAGCCAUUCACCACUCUCACCAGCCGCCUCACGCAGCCCCAGAGCAAAUCGGCUUUCCCCCUGCCCGGCCGCAAGAGCAAGGGAACUCCGUCCAACGACAUCUGAGCUCGGGUUUCUAGUUAACGACACUGCCACACGAAGACGGCCGACAACGGAGGCUCAGCCAAGCACAUCUGGAUUACCAGUAGUCAUUAACAUGCUCCAGUGGUUUAGAUUUGAGUAGUAAGAGUAAAGCAGUGUGAUGCAGCUUAUUUCAGAACGAUUUAGUGUUUUCAUGAGGAAAAAUAUGAACCUUUUAAUUCUACAAUGCUUCCACGACAGUACAAUAAGCUGUUUUAGCAGUCGGGUGUCGAUACAAACCUGCCGUAAGUGCUUUAAUUUCAGCUCGUGAAGUGAAUCUUCCAAAAAGCAUUUAAACAAAACCUAUUUCAGACCUUUAAGGAAGCUUCAUUGAGCUUGGCUUUGCAAUUUAUCCUAACACACUACAGCUUUGAGGUAUUACUUGGAUCAUUUUGUAGCAGUAGGGAAAAACGUAUUUUGUUUAUCGAGCUGCUCGAGUGUAGGAGAGCGAGUGAGUUUUGUGUAGAGAUUUAUAUUCGACCACUGUACUGCACAACUUUGUGUCUUGGCACUCGUAUGUAAUGUGAACAGUGGUGUUAAGGAAAGCAUUUCUUCAAUAACAAGGAAAAGUAGACUAAUAAAUGUAAUCUGUAAUAAAUGUGACUUUUCACA